AUGGUUGGACUCAGGCAGAUCUUGGUACCUCUUCUCAGUCUGGCAGGCGUUCUGGCCGCGCCCUUCGAAAAGAAGCCGGAGCCCGUCGUCACGUAUCUCGGCAACCAAGGUCCAAUUCUUUCCGGAGGAGCAUUCACCACCAAAGGCAUUGUCUACACCGCCGGCACAGUGCCCUCAUUCAACGGCUCAAUCGUGGAGGGCGGCAUUGCUAACCAGACUGCCCAAGUAAUCGAAAAUAUCGCAGUGAUUCUCGAAGAAGCGGGCACCUCGUGGGACUAUGUUCUCAAGACGACCGUAUUCUUGGCGUCCAUGGACGACUAUGCAGCAAUGAACGAGGUCUACAGGUCGUUGCUGCCGGACCCGAAGCCGGCUAGGACGGCGGUGGAGGUCGGACAGCUCCCGGGAGAUUUCUUGAUUGAGAUUGAGGCGAUUGCUGCACUUCCGGACUGCUGA